AUGGCGCUUCAGCCUCACGGAACGAAUGAAGGGUUUCAGCCGCCCAACGACGCGCUUGAGGCCCAAGUUGCUAACGAAGCGCUCCAGCAGCACCCAGCCAACGUCGACGGCUCCUUAACCCUUUCACUAACACCCGUGCCCAAAGCCGAAAAAUCCAAAGUCCUAAAUGGAGCAGCAGCGGAGCGCUACAAGCUUCCAAUGGUCGUCAAUUCCCUCCCGUCCGAUCAAUCCACGGACUCCGUCCCGGGGAAACGGCGACCGAAUCUCGUGACCGGGCUUCAUGGUGUGAAGGUCCUGUACGGCCGGUUUCAAAGCUCCAUCGAUUUCGAUGGCCAGAGGCACACGCUGGGGACGUGGGACGACCCGAUGGAGGCUGCGAAGGGAUACGCCGCCGCGGCGUAUAUGAUUGUCCACCUGGGCGUGCGCGCCGUGUCGGCUAUCCUGACGGAGGAGGAGCAGGCGUGCUUGAAGCGAAUGUCGCACGACGAUUUUAUAACGAUUCUUAAGUUCCCCGGCGCGUGGAAGCAGUGGCAGAGGUGGGAGGAGCUCAUGCCGCGAUGGCGCGCGCACUACGAGAACCUCGCGCGCAAGCACGGGGAGAUGGACACCGUGCGCAUCGGGCGGAAGAAGCGCAAGGGGAAGGAGCAAGCCAUUGCGACUGUGGGGAAAUUUACAGCCGCCGCCGCGAUGAACGGCUUGCAGACGCCUAUGUUCGCCCUGGACCCAGCCAUGCACGUGGAGCAGGGGAUGGGGGGGGAGGCGGUUGGGGUAGGAGGGGGUGGGGUAGUGGGAGGAGUGGGGGGGAUGGUAGGGAUUGGAGGGGUUGGAGGGGGAGAAGUUGCAGGGGUGGGAGGGAUGGGUGGUGUUGGGGAACCUGGAGUAUUGGAGAAUGGGUAUGCUGGAGGGGAGGGGGAAGAGGAGACUGGUAGCAGCAUUGAGGGAGGGCAAGCUUCAAGGAAGCGGGCGAGAGGACGAGAGGUGCUGGGGUGCAACCAGCAGGCGGUGACGACACUGGGAGUGGCCAAGGACGUGGCAUACGUGUGCUUUGAGAUGCCUUCUCUCCGUGAGGUGCUGGGGUACAACCAGCAGGCCGUGACAACGCUGGGGGUGGCCAAGGACGUGGGCGACAACAUGGGGCUGCUGGCGGGGCUGCUCGCUGACAUGGUGCCGCCAUGGCUCGUCAUUGCCGUCGGCACACUGCUGCCUUUAUUCCCCCACCGCACCGCACCUACCUGCGCGCAUCCAGAUGCCUCUGCCCCUCGCUGCCUCGUGUGCCCCUCUCUGCCCAUGCGACCGUCUGUCCUGUGUGAUCCCCCUCUUCCUCGUGUGCCCCCCUCUCCCCUCGCCUGGCAGGGCUUCGUGGGGUACGGCGGCCUGUGGCUUGUGCUCAGUCAACGGAUAGCCGCGCCACCCUUCUGGCAGGUCAUCAACCCACACUCAGCCGCACUCCACCACUCUUCGCCACUGCAGGUGUGGUGCCUGCUGUGCUGCGCCACCAACGGGUCCAUCUACUUCAUCACAGCCGGCCUCGUCUCCUCACAGCUCAACUUCCCGCACUCGGGGGGCGUAGUGGCGGGGAUUGUCGUGGGCUUCAUUGGCCUCUCAGGCGCCAUCUUUGCACAGGUUCUGCUGGGGGGGCAGGGGGAUGGGAGGUACUAUGGGCCGGGAGGGAUCUACUCUGCGUUGCUCGCACCCAACCCUCCGGCGUUUCUGCUGCUGGCGUGCAUUGGCCCCGCUGCUGUGGGCAUCCUCAGCCUCUUCAUCCCCGAAUGGGCCAGGGGGGCAUUCAAGCUGAUUGUAUAUCCUCGCCCAUAUGCCCCCCUGUCCCCUGGUAUGCCCCCCUGUCCCCUGGUAUGCCCCCCUGUCCCCUGGUAUGCCCCCCUGUCCCCUGGUAUGCCCCCCUGUCCCCUGGUAUGCCCCCCUGUCCCCUGGUAUGCCCCCCUGUCCCUUGGUAUGCCCCCCUGUCCCCUGGUAUGCCCCCCUGUCCCCUGGUAUGCCCCCCUGUCCCCUGGUAUGCCCCCCUGUCCCCUGGUAUGCCCCCCUGUCCCCUGGUAUGCCCCCCUGUCCCCUGGUAUGCCCCCCUGUCCCCUGGUAUGCCCCCCUGUCCCCUGGUAUGCCCCCCUGUCCCCUGGUAUGCCCCCCUGUCCCCUGGUAUGCCCCCCUGUCCCCUGGUAUGCCCCCCUGUCCCCUGGUAUGCCCCCCUGUCCCCUGGUAUGCCCCCCUGUCCCCUGGUAUGCCCCCCUGUCCCCUGGUAUGCCCCCCUGUCCCCUGGUAUGCCCCCCUGUCCCCUGGUAUGCCCCUCUGUCCCCUGGUAUGCCCCCCUGUCCCCUGGUAUGCCCCCCUGUCCCCUGGUAUGCCCCCCUGUCCCCUGGUAUGCCCCCCUGUCCUCUGGUAUGCCCCCCUGUCCCCUGGUAUGCCCCCCUGUCCCCUGGUAUGCCCCCCUGUCCCCUGGUAUGCCCCCCUGUCCCCUGGUAUGCCCCCCUGUCCCCUGGUAUGCCCCCCUGUCCCCUGGUAUGCCCCCCUGUCCCCUGGUAUGCCCCCCUGUCCCCUGGUAUGCCCCCCUGUCCCCUGGUAUGCCCCCCUGUCCCCUGGUAUGCCCCCCUGUCCCCUGCCCCCCGUACCCCCAAAGUCGCAGCAGAGGAGAGCGCAGGCUUCUCUCUCAUCCUGCGCCUCUGCAUGCUGCUUGCCGCCUUCCUCCUCCUCGGCUCUUCCGAUCUCUCCCAGCCUUUGCUCCAAUCGUCGCCAGCCACGUCAGCAGCAACAGGCACUCCUGGUGGCACCAGUCCCCGGGCAAGCGUGCUUCCACCAAUCAGAGAAGGGGAAACUCUCCAUGCCGCCAGUGCCCUCCCCCCAUCCUCCCCUCCACCCACUCACCCACCAGCAUUUUCUCUCUCACCCCACCAGUCCGCCUUCUCCCCUCUCAGCCACAGCAGAACCUCCCCCAAACCCACCUACCCUGAACGCACCUCCCCUUAUAACAGCCCGCCACCCCCUUCCAGCGGACGCACCUGCUCUUCUGCUCAGAACAUUUCAUCAUCUCCAGCAGGGGGAACAGGAGGAAGAGGAUUGAGGGGUGCGGGAGCCAUUUCGUUCGUAAGCCCUAAUAGCCAGAAGAGCCUCAGCAGCCUGACUGAGGAUGGUGACGUGGCAGGGGCGGCGAGUGUGGGUGGGGGGGAGGGGGAGGGCGGGGAGGACGAUUGGAGUUACUACUUUGGCGAGGAAGAGACGUCUGUUCAUGGUAAGAAUCUCUCGAGGGUGACUGGAAUCACCUCUCCUAAAGGGGGAUACAGCAGGGGCGGAGAUGAUGGGGAGGAGGAUGAGUGCAGGGAGGAGGAAGAGGAGGAGGAUGGGGAGGAGGGGGAGGAGGAGGAGGAGGAAGGCGAUGGGGCAGGAGACGAAGCAACCGAGCAAGCCCAUCCAGGGGGAACAACAGCAGCAAGGGGGGAGGUGUAUCUGGGGGAGGACCAUUCGUUUGGGCAGGCGCUAUCCACGGUGGAGUUCUGGCUGCUGUACGGGGGCCUGGUGUGUGGCUUUGGUGCGGGGCUGACGGCCAUCACGAACCUGGCACAGAUAGGCGAGGCGCAGGGGUACGGCAAUGCACAGGUGCUCACUUCGCUCGUCAGCAUCUGGCAGUUCCUUGGCCGCCUGGCCAGUGGAUCGCUGUCGGAGCACUUCGUCAGGGCACAUGGCAUGCCACGCCCCAUGGCUCUAGCAGCCAUCCAGCUGCUCAUGGCAGUGGGGCAUCUGGCCUUCGCCCUGGCCCCACCAGGAGGCGUGUACCUGGGCUCUCUCCUCAUAGGCUUCACGUAUGGCGGGCUGUGCUCCGUCAUGCCUGUCAUCGCAGCAGAGCUCUUCGGCCGUCGCUGCCUCGGCCUGCUUUACAACUCCCUGCUCGCCGCUGCUCCCCUCGGCUCCUACCUCUUCUCAGGUGUGCUGGCGGGGUACCUCUACGAGAUAGAGGCACGGAAAGACAGGGGAGUCACAGCAGGUCUAGAGGGAGCAGCAUCGCUGCUAGCACCCAGGCAAGAGUGGGCCUUAAAGCCAGGAAUGGGUGGCUGGUUUAGUGAUGCUGUGGGCAGUGCAGCGGGGGGUGGAGGAGGGGAGGGGCCCAAGGCGUGUCAUGGGGCGCACUGCUUCCGUCUCAUCUUCCUCAUCCUCACCGCCGUGUGUGUACUGGGCGCUGCUGUGAAUCUGCUUGUUGCCUCCCGCACUGCCCGUGUGUAUGGCCUUAUGAGACACACUGAGGCAGCGGGAGCAGAUGAAACUGAUGAAGCAGUGGGGAAAGAUGAUGAGAAGUAG